CGAAUAAGACCAAGAUCGCCGAGUGCCACACGGGUGAUGCUCAACAAAACUGAUCUGUGCAAGAACUGCUGCACCAACGCCGAUACCGACAGACACGGGUCCGGGACCAUAAUCAAGGGCUCGUAGAUGGAGUGGUAGGUGGUCGGAGCAUAUACACGCUGGAGUAUACGAACGAAAACCCGACCACCAAACGAAAACUCGACCACGAUCCGACCACGGUCAUGGACGUCAACCCCGUCCGACCAUGAUGCGGAUCAUCGAGACCUACACGCUCCCCGGUGGAGGAUCAACACAUAGCAGAGCGAGAUGACGAACAUGAGCAUGAACACGAGCAACAACGAGGAGGGGUACCUGUUCUUUGGAAGGACACGCAAGAGUACGGGUUCCUCUGUCAGUGGUUCUACUCGCCCUUUACGCACGGCGGGAUGACAUUCGCGACUGCCGAGCAGUUCACCAUGUACAGCAAGGCCAGGGUCUUGAACGAUAACGGGAUGGCGUACGAGAUCUUGAACACGCCCGAGAAUCACUCCGGGGAACACAAGAAGAUGGGGAUAAUAGUCAAGAACUUGGACGUGAACAUCUGGACGAGCAAGUGCGUGGAUAUCAUCAUCACUGGGAACAUGCAGAAGUUCACGCGGGACUCGAACCUGAUCAAGAAGCUGAUCAAGACCGGCGACAGGGUGUUGAUCGAGGCCAGCCCGUACUACAGCAUCUGGGGCAUUGGGUUCAACGAGAACGAGGCGUUGAUGAACUUGGAGAACUGGGGCGAGAACAAGCCCUGCAACGAGCACGAGUACUGCGUGGGGUCCUAGGACAGACCCGGCGGAUGGCACGUACCUCGUCACGAACGGGUUUGCGAAGAAGGACGACAUGAUCUCCUCGGACUCGAACUUGA